UUUAUUUAUUAUUAUCUUCACUGGCAACUGUUUCUCACUCAUACUUACAGCUUAAUUCCCAUGGCUGCUCUGCUCGAAACCCUAAUUGUCCCACGCCCCUCUGCUUCCUUGUCUCCCGUCGCCGGAUCCAGAGCUCUCGGAUUCUCCGAGUUCCGGGGACUCAAAAUCCAGCCUCCUCGUUCGCUCUCCAAACUAAGGUCGUCAUCGAAGCUCACCCGCCCCAGGGGAACCAGAAUCUUCUGCGAAGCGCAGGAAACCGCAACCGAAGUGCCUGCUGUAACUGAUUCAACAUGGCAAUCUUAUGUGGUCGAAUCUACUUUACCUGUUCUCGUCGAAUUUUGGGCGCCGUGGUGUGGACCUUGCCGAAUGAUCGAUCCUGUAAUCGAUAAGCUGUCUAAGACAUAUGCUGGGAAGCUCAAAUGCUACAAGGUUAACACGGAUACUUGUCCUACGAUCGCGACGCAGUAUGGGAUUCGGAGUAUUCCUACGGUUCUGAUCUUUAACAAUGGGGAGAAGAAAGAGGCGGUAAUUGGGGCUGUUCCGGAGUCGACGUUGAUUACUAGCAUCGAAAAAUUCUUAUAGAAUGUGUUUGGAGAAUAAACCUUGUGUAAGUGAGGAGAAAUCAAACUCCUUUCCCGACUGCGAGGAGGAUCCCGGAGAUGUUGGGGAUGCUGUCCGUGUACUGGCUGUGGAGGGCGCACCGACAUUAGGCUCCAUGGGACCGGCACUGCAACACAACGAGGAAGGGUGGGUUAGCUAACAUGUGUGUAUCCUUUAAACCACAUAAUAUUUGUGAAGUAGUAGUUGACAAUAUGAGCAACGAAUUUCGGUUAAUUUAGCAUAGCAUUGUGAAUGUCGAAUUGGAGGCAAUAAAAAAUGUUGUAGAA